AUGUCAUCCCCUCAUAAAUACCCAGGCUCAACAGGGACCACAUCGCGGAGUCUCCGUGGCCUCUUCAAAGAUGGCAUUUGGUGUUGUAACUGCCCAGAGCGUCCGGCUGCCAUCCGUCGUCAAACAAAGAAGCAGGGAGUAAACCUUGGGAAAUGGUUUUGGACUUGCGCACAACCUCCACAUCUCAAAUGUGGCUUCUUCCUGUGGGCAGAUGACGCUACAAUACGAGAGCAAGAAGUUGUUCUUGCCAACUCUCGAUCUGAACCCGACCCUCUCUUGCUCACCCCAUCCAGGCGCACUACAGGACGUAUGAACAACGGGCUACUCACUCCACAGACCGAGCGCAGAUUCAUCAAUACUCCGCAACACAAUUUCAAGUCGCCUCCAAAGACAGCUAAGGCCAGAAUGAUCUCAGAAGCGUCCAAUGAUUUUGGCUGGAACGACGACUCAGAUGAUAACGAUGAGCUUGUCAAGGCACUCUCUUCUAGCCAGACCGAGAGCUUCAUCUCACAACCCAAUUUCCAUCCCGAAUCUCCAUUCAAGACCCCCGGCACCUCCAUGGUGACCUCACCCGGCAAGCGCAAAUUGGCAGAAGUCACAAAUGAUAAUCCUUCGACCGACCGAUCUGCACCCGCGACGCCAUUCUCAUCCCGCUCUUCCCGCUCCUCUCGCACCGAGGUGUUUCCUCCCUCGUCUGUGGAGUUAUGCAUGACACCCACGCCUAGCAAAUACAACGAUGUACUAUCUGCAGACUCGAAGUUUGACACCUCAGAUCUUGCAAAAAGUCUACUCAGUAUUUUGGAAAAACAUAGUGUUGUUUUGCCAAACAAAGCGCUUGAUGAGGUCGUGUCGCUGCUUAAUCGGCAGGACUUGAAGACACAGGGCAUUAUUCGUGGACGGGAUAUGACGAGGGUAGCAUUAAAGAAGAAGGAUGACGAUAUCAAGAAGCUGCAAGACCGUGUUUCCGACCUGGAGGCUCAGAGGGAACUCGAUCGUUCUCUCAUUGAGGGAAUGAAACCCUAUUGA